UCGGAGAAGCUUAUUUAGCGGCUCGGAAUGGGAGUCUCACUAGCGAGAGGUUUUCCAGGGGCACAUAACUGGCGUGACUCCAUAGCGGGCAGUCAGGGAAAGUGAUGUAAUAGCUUUGUUAACCGUUAAAAUAAUCUUCUGUGGAAUAUAGUUGCCCGGUGAAGCAGUAGGCGAUGUCUUUUUAUUUGUAUGACAUUAGAUAAAGGGAAGGGAAGGGAAGGGAGUGUGCACCUUGCGCUUUAUGAGAUGACGCGAGUGGUUUUGUUUGAAUGAAACACUACUCAAGGAUGGAUGAUUUCCCUCAUCUUUUUCCAGACCAAAGCCCUCCGUUUCACAUGGAAACGCCGUUACCUCGUAUUAUCGGUGCCUCUGCGGCGACGGGAGCCGGCUCAGGGGUGAGCAGCGCCUUACGGAGUGACUUAGGCUCCAAUAUUCAUGUUUUGAAAACGCUGAAUCUCCGCUUCCGCUGUUUCCUCGCUAAAGUGCAUGAGCUGGAGCGCAGGAACAAAGUGUUAGAGACUCAGCUGCAGCAUGCUCAGGAUGAGUCCCGGUACAGGAGCUUUUUAAGACGGGAGCAAGCUGCCCAAACGGACUGUGAGCUUCCGUUUGCAGGCCCGCUAGCCGAGGCGAGGCUCCCCGGGAGAAUCUGGAGUUACUCCCAGAGCAGGAGGUAUGGAGGUCGGCUGGAGCUCCAUCAUGGGCCGGAAGGUUCAUGGACGCACCCGGUUGGAGUCGGAGUCCAGAUCGACACCAUCACCCCUGAGCUGAGGGCCAUCUACAACGUGUUAGCCAAAGUGAAACGAGAGAGAGACGAAUACAGAAGGAGAUGGGAGGAGGAGUUGUCUAACUGCCAGCAAAUGGGGGCCAUGGUGGAGACUUUACAACAAAGUGCGCAGGAUUCUGAGGCCCUACGGAAAGAACUGAGUGAGAAAGUGGAACAGCUUAAAGCUGAAUUGGUCGUCUAUAAGAGUCUCAUGACUGAUGAAAUGUCAGAUUUGGACACCAAAAUUCAAGAGAAAGCCAUGAAGGUGGACAUGGACAUUUGUAGACGCAUUGACAUCACAGCGAAACUGUGCGACGUGGCCCAGCAGAGGAACUCGGAAGACAUGAGCAAGAUGUUUCAUGUCAGUCCUUCUAGAGCUCCUGCAGACCACAAAGGAGCGUCUGCAGCAUGUAAAAAGAAGGAGCGUAAGGCUGUGUCUGACGAUGAGAAUGCUGAGGUGGAGGCAGACAGCGAGCACUCUGAGAAGGAAGUUGCUGGAUCUUUGAACAUUACAGAUGAAAUGAAGCGCAUGCUCAGUCAGCUAAUUAGCUCAGAUAACUGCUCUGUCGCCAGGCGGGAGACGUUCGAGUUUGACGAUGACUGUGACAGUCUGGCCUGGGAGGAGACUGAAGAGACUCUGCUCCUGUGGGAGGACUUUACCAACAACUCCACCGCUGCUGCUGCCGGUGCACACUCUAGCGCUGCCUGUGCUGCCGAGUGCCACGGAGAAACACACGAGCCGGAUGGAAGUCUGGGCAGUCUGAUAAACAAGACUGAGUCACUCUUUAAAACGAGAGAGCAGGAGUACCAAGAUUCAAUUGGACAGAUCGAGCUGGAGCUGGCCACAGCCAAGAGUGACAUGACCAGACACCUGCAGGAGUACAUGGAGAUGUGCAGUAUGAAGCGAGGACUGGAUGUGCAGAUGGAGACCUGUCGCAGACUCCUCCAGAGCUCAGCAGCCACUGGCAGAUACUCACCAUUCUUAAACUCUGGAGCAAGCAGUGACUCAGGAAAUGUAGAAGACCUGCAAGAUGAACUGGACAGGGAUGGAGAGAAGGACAGAGACAUUGUUGGAAAGAGCGAUGGAGAGACAGACGUACACGGAGAGGUCAGUUGAUGAUCCUCCGCAUCACAUUGCUCUUCUUCUACAGUGGCACAGGGGGUAGAAUCUCUGACCCAGUCUUCCAUGGUGUGCGUCUCUGUGGAUCUCCGAGUCGGUGCUACAUGUGCUGUCCCAAAUUGGGAUUAAAUCAGUUUUAAAGAUACUAUCUACUGCAACUGUCUUUUUCUUCAGCACUGCCAUGGCAUUGCUCCAUCUCCUCCUGUCCUCUUUCUCAAUGGCUUGUACAUCUACACUAUACACAACAUCUUUCAACAUUCUUACCCUUUUUUAUAAUCUGCUUCAGAAAUAAUCACGAAAUCCAUUUACCAGUUUUUAUUCAUCAUAUUACAACAGAAUUGUUUUGUUGGUCAUAUGAUGAUGUCAUAAAGGAGCCUAGAAUUAACAAUAACAUUUGCUCAGACUCUUGUCACUUGAUCACUAGAAAAUACCGUGUUUUAUACAUUUUAGGGAAGCAUUGCUCUGAAAUCUGAAAUAUUGCAGAUAAUCACAUUGACACAAUAUGUAAGCCAGGCAGUAUGAGCUUCUACACUAGGGUUAGACAACAUUGCACAAUUGUGCACAGAGCACUAUGCAAUAAGCUGCUUUGGAAUUGCAGUUAACUGUUUGUUUCUUUGUUUGUUUGUUUGUUUUCAGGGAUAUACUUGGUAUUUGUGAAAAAGUGCCCUGUUCUUAUUUUACCUGUAAUGCAGAAGGUUCAGUGUUCAGAGAAAACUGAUGCCAAACAGUAGAAAACCAAAACCCUUGUGCCUGCAACUCUGUUUUACACAAUAACCGUUGCCUUAUUGUUUUUUCGUUUGUUUUUUUCUUUAGCUGGGCUUUUUAAAAAAUGAUUUAAAAAUUGAACAAAGUUAAUAGCAAAUAGAAGAAAACAUUGUGAAAUGUGCAAAAUCAAAACAAUGCAUCUGUUGGACAGCAGUGAAGUAAAAAUGUGAUUAUUAUUAUCAUCAUCAUUAUGUUUGUUGAUUUGUGGAGUUUUUCUGUGUGCAUAUUUUCUGUAUCUUUAUAAAGGUUUUGUUUAGCGUUUAAUAUAAUCAUUAUGUGGAGACUUUUAAUCACUGAUCUUUCUUUUUUUAUGGAAAAGAGUCAUUCCUUAUGUUUUAUCUUCUGAUUAAUGGUCACUUAAUAAAUCAUUAUUUAUACACGGC